UAUCGAACACGAGCACAAAUAAACGAAGCGAAUUCGAAGUCUAAAUAGUAUUCGUGUCGAAUUCGAACACGAACACGAAUAGUCCUAAUUGAGCCGAAUUCAAAUUCGAAUAAGACAAUAUUCGUUCAAAUUCGCUUCGUUUCCCCUGCCGCCUUAUCCCUCCCCGAGCUCUCAUCUCAGUGUUUAGGGUUUAUCUUUAUCCCAAAUUUCAUUCUUCAAUGGCUCUCUCAAUCUGUAAUCCCUCUCUAUUCUCUCCUCACUCUCUCCAUAGAUUCAAGCUAAACCCUCUCCUCCUUCGUUUAGGCAUCACAUCGCGUAGAUGGAGCCCUAGCUCGUCCAAAUCCCGUAAGCGCGCAUAUUUUUCAGUAGUGGCGUCGGAUGGUGAGGUUUUCACUUCCCCCGAGACUGCAAAGUCUUUCGAUUUCGCUUCAGAGGAACGGAUAUAUAACUGGUGGGAGUCUCAAGGGUAUUUUAAGCCUAGUUUUGAUCGUGGAGGAGAUCCUUUUGUUAUACCCAUGCCACCGCCUAAUGUUACAGGUUCAUUGCACAUGGGACAUGCAAUGUUUGUGACCCUUGAGGACAUAAUGGUUAGAUACUUUCGUAUGAAGGGGAGGGCCACACUUUGGCUUCCUGGGACUGAUCAUGCUGGUAUUGCAACUCAGUUGGUGGUGGAAAAAAUGCUUGCCUCAGAAGGCUUGAAAAGGACUGAUUUGACUAGGGAAGAAUUCACCAACAGAGUAUGGGAGUGGAAAGAACAAUAUGGUGGAAGAAUUACUAAUCAGAUAAAGAGACUGGGCGCGUCAUGUGAUUGGACUAAGGAACGUUUCACGCUUGAUGAUCAGCUAAGUCGAGCUGUGAUUGAGGCAUUUGUUAGGCUUCAUGAGAAAGGACUAAUAUAUCAAGGGUCUUAUAUGGUCAACUGGUCCCCAAACUUGCAAACUGCAGUAUCUGACUUGGAAGUGGAGUACUCUGAAGAGCCUGGUGCUUUGUAUUACAUCAAAUAUCGUGUUGCUGGCGGUUCAAGGAGUGACUUUUUGACAAUUGCAACUACUCGUCCAGAGACAUUAUUUGGUGAUACAGCCAUUGCCGUUCAUCCUGAGGAUGAACGCUAUACUAAGUACAUUGGUAUGCAGGCAAUUGUACCUCAGACAUUUGGCCGCCAUGUCCCCAUAAUUGCGGACAAACAUGUGGAUAAAGAAUUUGGAACUGGAGUCUUGAAAAUAAGUCCUGGGCACGACCACAAUGAUUAUCAUCUAGCUAGAAAACUGGGUCUGCCAAUACUCAAUGUCAUGAACAAAGAUGGGACCCUUAAUGAGGUCGCUGGCUUGUACAGUGGGCUUGAUCGAUUUGAAGCUCGAAAGAAACUAUGGUCAGAUCUUGAAGAGACAGGUCUGGCAGUAAAAAAGGAGCCUUAUAAUUUACGUGUUCCCAGGUCGCAGCGUGGUGGUGAAAUUAUAGAACCACUGGUUAGUAAACAAUGGUUUGUGACCAUGGAACCACUGGCUGAGAAGGCCCUUCAUGCAGUGGAGAAGCAACAGCUUAUCAUUUUACCUGAAAGGUUUGAAAAGACAUAUAAUCACUGGUUGACAAACAUUAAAGACUGGUGUAUAAGCAGACAAUUGUGGUGGGGUCACCGAAUACCGGUUUGGUACAUUGUGGGUAAAGAUUGUGAAGAGGACUAUAUUGUCGCAAGAAGUUCAGAAGAAGCACAUCUAAAAGCCCGAGAAAAAUAUGGAAGAUCAGUGGAAAUAUACCAAGAUCCCGAUGUUCUUGAUACAUGGUUUUCAAGCUCAUUGUGGCCUUUUAGCACCCUUGGCUGGCCAGAUGUCUCUGCUGAAGAUUUCAGGCAGUUUUAUCCAACAACCAUCCUUGAGACUGGACAUGAUAUUUUGUUUUUUUGGGUGGCUCGCAUGGUCAUGAUGGGGAUUGAGUUCACCGGCACCGUUCCAUUUUCCUAUGUUUAUUUGCAUGGACUUAUUCGAGACUCUCAAGGCCGAAAGAUGUCUAAAACACUGGGAAAUGUCAUAGAUCCCAUUGAUACUAUUAAGGAAUAUGGAACAGAUGCCUUGCGUUUUACAAUUUCUCUGGGGACAGCUGGUCAGGAUCUUAAUCUGUCUAUGGAGAGAUUGACUUCAAACAAAGCUUUUACCAACAAGUUGUGGAACGCUGGCAAGUUUGUAUUACAGAGUUUGCCAAGCAGAAGUGAUGCUUCUGCAUGGGAUCAGCUACUGUCUUAUAAGUUUGAUACGGAGGAAUUGCUUCUCAGACUACCAUUGUCUGAGUGUUGGGUGGUUUCAGAACUACAUGAGCUCAUUGACAAUGUUACCGCAAGCUAUGACAAGUUUUUCUUUGGAGAUGCUGGUAGAGGGAUCUAUGAUUUUUUCUGGGGUGAUUUUGCUGACUGGUAUAUUGAAGCUAGCAAAGCCCGUUUUUACGACUCCGAAAACCAGACGGACGCUAUUAUAGCUCAAGCAGUUAUUUUGUAUGUGUUUGAGAAUAUACUGAAGCUGCUUCAUCCUUUCAUGCCAUUUGUCACUGAAGAGUUAUGGCAGGCAUUGCCAAACAGAAAGCGGGCCCUUAUAGUAUCUAAUUGGCCUCAGACUUUGCUUCCGAGGGACGUUAAGUCUAUCAAAAAAUUUGAGAAUUUGCAAGCCUUGACUAGGGCCAUCCGCAAUGCACGAGCGGAGUAUUCUGUUGAGCCAGCAAAACGGAUAUCUGCAUCUAUUGUUGCAAGUACUGAUGUCCUGGACUAUAUAUCUAGUGAAAAACAAGUCUUAGGUCUGCUGUCCAGACUAGAUCUCCAAAAUGUUCAUUUCAUUGAAACAGUCCCAGACUAUGCAAAACAAUCAGUCCAUCUUGUGGCUGGAGAAGGUUUGGAAGCAUAUCUCCCUCUGGCAGAUAUGGUGGAUGUAUCAACCGAAGUUCAACGGCUUUCUAAGCGCAUUCUGAAGAUGCAAUCAGAAUAUGAUGCUCUCAUUGCUCGUCUCAGUUCUCCUAGUUUUGUAGAGAAGGCACCUGAAGAGGUGGUUCGUGGAGUUAGGGAAAAAGCAACCGAUGCAGAGGAGAAGUUGAAGCUGACAAAGAACCGCCUUUCCUUGCUUGAAUCAUCGGUUUCUGUACGGGGCUAAAUGAUUUUGUACUUCUUUUGAGUUUUUCAUAUGAGGCUUUCUUUUCCUCCCAAUUUGGAGGUUAAUUGCUGCCAAUAUCACCACGUUUGCUCCUCUGGCCAUAUUGAUCAAAAAUGCAACAGCGAAAUGAUUGCAUUCAAGGAAUUAGGUGUUCUUUAGCACAGAUUAUUCUUGAGCUAUUUGCAGAUUUGUUCAUCUGCCAGUUUUUGUACUACGGGUGUACCUUGAUAGAAUUCAUCUUUUGAUUAUUAUUAUUAUACUGUCUUAUACCAAAUUCUUGUAUACGAAACAAGCAUGACAUUUUUCCUCGA